UAGCAGGCACAGCAACAGAGAGUAGUCUUUUGUGUUAAAUAUAAAGUCUAUUUUCUUAAGGUUUUACAGUGCUUUGCUUCAAACAGUGCGCAUCUGAAGAUUUGACAAAAAACACUUCAGGGUUUUAUUAACAAAAUUAGAGACAAUGAGGACCGUGACUCUCCUUCUGUGUUUUGGAAACAUGUUUGUCGUAUUACUGGCCAGUCAUCAACAUUCAGGCCAAAACCCUGUAGUCACACUCAAUGAGACAGACCCCCCUGGUUUCUUAGCAAUGGAAAAAUGGCAAUCCAACAGCUCGCUUCUUCCAAACCAAGUAACAGGAGGAAAAACAGCACAGCCCCCCAUGUGCUUGAAGUCUACUGGAAUUAGAGACGCCUUCAAAUAUAUCAACAUUAUGGUCUCCCUUGUGGUGUUUGUUGUUGGAAUAGUGGGGAAUCUUGCUCUGCUGAAAGUCAUAUAUACAAACAAAACCAUGAGAAGUGGACCUAACAUUAUCAUUGCAAGCCUUGCUUUGGGAGAUCUGAUACACAUUGUGAUAGACAUUCCUAUCAACUCAUACAGGCUUCUGGCAGAGGAUUGGCCCUUUGGUUUAAUAAUGUGCAAAUUUGUACCUUUUCUCCAAAAGACAUCUGUUGGGAUUACUGUGUUGAGCUUAUGUGCCUUAAGUGUUGACAGAUACCGCGCUGUUGUGUCCUGGAAUCAAAUCAAAGGCAUCUGGGUCUCUGUGCGGACUGCGAUUGAAAUAACCCUGAUAUGGGUUUUUUCCAUCCUGCUGGCUGUCCCUGAAAUUGUUGGCUUUGAUAUGAUAACAAUGGACUAUAAAGAGAAGCAUCUGAGGAUAUGUCUGCUUCACCCUAUCCAAACCACCCAGUUCAUGCAGUUUUAUAAAUCUGCAAAAGACUGGUGGCUCUUUGGCUUUUACUUUUGCAUGCCUCUGACCUGGACUGCAGUUUUCUACACACUGAUGACCAGAAAAAUGCUAAGAAACACUGAGAAUACUUUAAGUGAACACAUCAAACAGAGGCGCGAAGUUGCCAAAACUGUGUUCUGCCUGGUUUUGGUGUUUGCACUUUGCUGGUUCCCUCUGUACCUCAGCAGAAUCUUGAAAUGGACCAUAUAUGAUUCAAAGGAUCCUAACAGGUGCCGACUACUGAGUGUCUUCCUCGUCCUUGACUAUUUUGGCAUUAACAUGGCAUCACUAAACUCAUGUAUCAACCCCAUUGCAUUGUACAUUGUCAGCAAAAGAUUCAAGAGGUGUUUCAAGGCAUGUCUGUGCAGUCUCUGUCUGCCUCUCCAAGCCAAUGCCAACGACGAAGUGGUGUCUGUUUUGAAGUCCAAAAUGCAGGAUCAAGCCUCAGAGCAAAGCAGCAACAUCAAAGCUCACCAGGAGCCUCAACCUGUUAACACCUUACUGUGCUAACAAAAAUCCUAAACAAGUGUGAAAAUACUUUGUGAUCUUGUCUAUAGUUCUUUGUAAAUGUGUAUGACUUUCAAAACAAAGAAAAUGUCUUCUGUCUGCACCUUGGCAACCUUCGACAUGCCAACCCUAUAACGUAAAAAGGCCUCCAGAUAACAUAGGGCACUGUCUUUUGUUAUGCUGUCGUCAGCUGAACAUCUGCUUUGGCGUGAGCAACCUUAAGUGUACCGACUAUUAUUUGCCCCCAAGGCUUGACUCACUUCCAAACAUUACAUCAGACGUUACCUUGUACCUUUCCUGUAUCAUGCAUCACACUCCUUAAAUCACUGUUUCGGGUGCAAUGUCAAGUUGGCAUCCAUCAACAUGCAUCUUGUCACAGCUUAAAGCCUACAUACACACACACACACACUCAUUUUAUAAAAACAUAUACUACUGGGAGUUCUCCAAUCACUUAAAUACUCCUCUCAUUCCUGCUUUACACCCAAUGUGUGAAAAGUUUACAUCCUCAAUUUCCUCCUUGAUCCUGAAAAGAAAAAAAAAAAUAACUGGUGCCACAAGUAGAUUCAGACUCUGCCACUGAAAGAACUGAUUGAUGGUGGCCUAUUUUUAAUACAUUGUUAAAUGUGUAAUGCAUGGAGACACUUUAUGAAAGACCUGAGAGUGGGGAGGAAGGAAAACGAAGAUGACAGAAUGAGGUCAGGAGAGAGAGAGGGAAGGGGGGUAGCACCUGAUAGGUCUUCCUGUCAGGACAAGGAAAGUGCAAACAGCACGUUGCUCCAGCAGCUUAUGCUGCAUCAGUCUGAGAGCUGAAUUGCCGAUUAAAAGUUUAGAAUGUCUCACUUAUCAUGUCUCAAAAUUAGCUGUUUGAAUAAUUCUUUGUAAUUACUUAACAUGUUUGUGAUGCUUGCAUAAAAAAGUUAUUUU